CUUACCUCAGCACUAAAGAACCACUCAGUCACUUCAUCACCAGAUGGCCAACCUAUUGCGUCACUAUCAACUGCAGGUGGCUUAGACCUGAAUUUUACAACGUCACCGACACCACCAAGAAAUGUUAAGAUAACGGCUGGCUUGUAUGGUCUAGUACAUCCUAGUUAUUUGUCGGGAAAAAGAGAGACCUCCUUGACCAAGGUAGGUAGGUAGGGUUAAAGAAAACGUUUGUAGAAACGAAGUAUGUUUAACAAAUAUAUUAAGUAAAAUUCUACUAGCCCUCUAUCUGACAAAUCCAACUUUCUGGUUGACGAACGUAUGUGUUUUCCAUGAGCAAGAGAGAAUAAUCUAGUUCUUAGUAGAACCCAACUAGGAUACUGAGACCAAUUCUGCUAUCUGAUUGGCUAUCGCACUUCCUAUAAAAAGUGGGUUUAAACCAAAAAAUCGGAAGAAAGAGAUCUUAAAUUCUAUUAAAUUAUACACAUGAUGCAAAUUACUUGACGAAUUUGAUUAAAACAGUUAGAAAUAUUCACUCUCAGUAGUUGGGCAGAAAUGCACAGAAGCAGGUUGUAUUAUAACAAGACCUUCGGCACGAACAUCCUUGUGUUACCUGCUGUAGUAAACUUAACAUGCAAAUGGUAAACGGCUCAGCUUGUACUAUUGAGUGUUAGUAAAAUCCAACUAGUGGUCUAUUAUCAAUGCUGCGUUCUGAUUGGAUGAGCUACUACCAGGCUAUAUAGCCCACUAGUAGCGAAAAGCCCCGGCUUUGAAAACCAAAACAAUGGGGGGAUGAAUCGCGUUUUUCAAGCUAAAGUUGUUUUGCUUCGAAAUUUUUGACCAACUAGUUGGAUUUUACUAAAACAAUUAUUCCUCUCGCCUCAUGGCCUCUGAGUCAAUAGCCCAUUCGGCCUUCGGCCUCAUGGGCUAUUAACUGAGAGCCCAUUCGGGCUCGAGGAAUAAUUGUUAAAUAGUUGCACGAAGAGGUUGCUAAGCAAGAAAGAAGCGUAGUGCGACUAUAGCUUCUUUCAAUUCGUGCUUAGAAAUCCUCCCAAGUGCAACUAUAACUAAUUUCUUUGCGUGAUUUUUUCAUUUACACCAAACUAACGAAUGUAUGGCCGGUCUGUGCAGUCAGAGGAUAAUAUUGGUGCCAAGUCUAUAGAUGCAAGGAAAACUGAGAUCGUCAGAAAGGUAAGUGUGGCGCGAAAUCAAGCAUUUUUCUACGGUUCAUGUCAGGUUGGUAAAUAGUUCUUCUUGCAAUAUGUAGUAAGAGCAUGUUGAAGAAGGCGCCCACUAUUUUUAUCGCGCAUAUUUUCUGCACAUCCCAAGAAGUCGCGGGGGAAACGAGAGAAAUGUGCAACACGCGGGACUUGUUCAAAUGAGGGUGGCGGAAGUUCUGGUUAUUUCUUGUGGAAAAGAUGCGUCGUUUUUUUCAACAAAUGAAGUAUUAAUUUCUAUUAACCUUUGCCAGAUCUCUCAUUUAGAGUAACUCGCUCCUCGCCGCUAGGGUCGUUUCGGCAAGGGGUGAGAAGACUCGGAGAGACGGCAGUACACUUCCAAAGGCUACAAAUACAGAGUAAGAGAAACAGUUUCUUAUCCACUUGUCCCUCGGACAAGCACUAUAUUAAAUUUGUAUUUUGUCAAGUAUGAGGUUUGCUAUAUUUAUGACUAUAAGGAAAAUUUUAAUUCUACUGUAAUUUGAAGUCAAUUUUGAACUGUUUCUGGUUUUUUUUUCUAAUUAAAAAUUGAAAAUGUGCUUGUCCAACGGACAAGUUAUGUCAAAGGUUUUCAUGUCCGAACAAAAUUUCUACCCGUCCCGGACAAUCGGACAUAGGUUUUGGCGCUCCCUGAACUAAAGUGGAACGCGGUUUUUCAUACAUUUAUAUGCCAAUACUGUCUCCUUAUAAUAAAUUUUGAAAAAAAACCUUUUAAAUCAGUGAUUUUCACAGUCAAUCGCUUCGUUUCUUAUUUGUCAAACUCCCUUGGCCCUGAGCUUAGUUACAUGUGUUUAGUUGAAUGUUUGUAAGCUUUAAACUGAAAAGAUUAUAAUUUGACACUUCUCUAUCAAAAGAAAAAUCCCAAGCCUCAGGAGCAACAACCGGUAAGAAAACCAUUGUUCUUUUAAUGAUUCCACAAAAAGUCUACUUGUUCUUUUGUUCCUAUCAGGCUGAAUAGCUACAAGUAUAUAACAAUGGCAAUUUUUAUGACAAAACUUUCACACGGAUUUUCCAUUUAUGGAAAUUCUAAGGCUCAACGAAUUUCAGCAGGAGACAAAAUUCUUUUCCCGGUUAGGCGGGCUGAGAUUUCACAGGAGUCGAUCGGCUCCUGGAUUUCAGCUUCGCUUCCGGACCAAAUCUUCUUAGAAAAAAUUUGCAUUAUAUCAUGAAUACAGUACAGCCCGGAUAUCCUGACCAAUGGCUGAAUUGUUGUCAUUAACUUGGGCGUGUGCAAUCAGCUGCGAACUGCUGAGCAUUAAAUGUGAAAUACCUUUAUUGUAAAUUUUCCCGCAAGGUUUUAAACAAUUUUAAAGUUUAGACUGAAAUUUGCAAUGUAAUAGCAAAGAAAUUUCAGCCCGGAGGGCUAGACAAAACUUCACUUUGGGAUAGAAUUCACCAUCUUGUUGGUCCUUUGAAUUCAAAACAAAUUGAUUGUCACCAAGAGCCAUACUUUGUUCUCAUCCCUUGCUACUAAUACACCACCCCCUUUUGAUAGAAACUUACCCGAAUUUUUUAGGAUUUCUUUUCGCAAAUAACUGCGAUGUUCUUCCUCGAAUUUUCUUCUUUUAUACCUCACUCAUUCUUUAAAUAUUCCCUAUACCCUUUUUUAGCUCUGUGACUUAGAGAAGAUUCAAUAAGUUGCUAGUGUCAUUAAGUGGAAAAAAAAACUAAUUUCAGUUUUCUCUGCUUAACUCGUGUCUUCAUUUCUUUUGGACUGCAGAAGAAUUCCCCUCACAAACGUCCCCAAAUGAUCGCAGGC